CGCCCGCUUUGCUUAAGUGCGGAACGUGAUCAAGAAGAGCAGUUUUAACGUUCUAACAGGCCAUCUCUAACCCUAAACGUACAAGUAGGGACUGAAUUGAUAGUGAAUCAAGUCGACCAACUCUCCUCUUACCGCUUUACUUGUUUGCCACCGUCCCGGAUCGAGGCCUCGAUGACAGCCGCAACAACAAGGCGUUCAGCAGUCCAAGAAGAAAGUACUACAAUGGUGCGCUACAGUGUCGAACCCGAUGUUCCCGAGAAGACCUCCAAGGCACGAGGCUCCCACCUCCGUGUGCAUUUCAAGCACUGCCGCAAUAUUGCUCACUUCACCAAGGGCAUGAACGUCAACAAGGCCUUGAAGCACUUGGAUGAUGUCUUGGCCUUCAAAUCCGUCAUUCCCUUUGUGCGAUACACCGGAGGUAUCGGAGGUACCGCCCAGGCUAAGCAGGUCAAGGCUCCCGGUAACAGGGGACGUUGGCCCGUCAAGGCCACGGCUGUUUACCGCGAUCUUUUGAAGAACGCUAUUGCCAACGCCGAAACAAAGGGACUUGAUGCCGCCAACUUGGUCAUUGACCACGCUCAGGUCAACCGUGCUCCUGCAGGAAGGCGAAGGACUUACCGUGCCCAUGGUCGUAUCGGAAAGUACGCUAGCCAACCGGCCCAUAUUGAACUCAUCUUGAAAGAGGCAGAUAGUGGUGUCCAGAAAAUGGAGGACGACACACGCAAGAAGAUUACAAAGAAACAGGCUGCGAAGAAGCGCUUUGUUGCUGUUGGAAGUUCUUAAUCAGUUAUGUUAAAACACGAGACGGUCUCGGCACAUCGUUUUUUGUCUAGUAUUUAGUUGACAAAGCAAGAACAACGGCGUAUACAAUAGAUGGGGGUUGUAGAUUGUAGUUGUCUCUGUAAAACCUAGUUUGCAGCGCCAACAGUGCCCAUUUGUUGAUACCCGAUGCCAACAGUCCGGAUGGAGGGAAGGUCGCUAACGAGAACCCAAGCUAAAUCUUCAUCUGCAUCUGCAUCUGCCAACCAUGUGGCUGUUUUGAGGGCACAUGUCAAGGAAGAAAUACUGCUGGAUCCAGACAAGUCCAUGAGGGAAUUUGAGUUGUUUCCCUUUGGGUAGAAGGCAACCCCAGUCAGAGAAAGGUUUCAGCAGCUGGCCUCUCCAAGUGCAUCUCCAUUGAAAAGAUAAGCAUUCAAAUUUGACAACAACAGUGGCUUCAUCAGGAUUUGCUACACCAGAAAAACUCUAUUAUGAUGCAUACAAAAGCCAGGCUUUUGCACUGCAGAAUCUACUACCACCAGGAAGCCAUGAAGCCAUGCAGCACCAAGAAGGCAACUGAGGGUUUCCCAGAAACCUGACAAAUGUGAAUUGGCUCCAUUGCAAUCGAGAUGCGAGGAGCUGAGGCAGAAGAAGUGAAUGGGGCUUGCACACGAGAUGGAGCAUUCAAUGACAGCCUGAAGUACAUGUACCAGGUACUGUUCCACCAAGGGCAAGCCCGUGAAUUUGCCUUGUGUUUUUGAUCCUACCGACCCGAAGUCUUCUCGCUCGACAUUGACCUUACCAGCCCUGCUGU